AAUGUCAAAAUUACAAAGAUGUGCAACUGCAGGAGCCCUUGAAGCCAAAAUGACACACUAUGCCCCAGACGGAACUGGUAAAUCCUAUUGAAACAACUUAUUAGGAAGGGAUUCCUAUGUGACAUUAUAAAACGGAGGAGUUUGGAAAGAAAUUUAAAUCCAGUGUGUGCAUCCUGAAUUGGGAACUUUUAGCAAACAAAAGUAAUGGAAACCUCCUGCUCCAACCAUGGUCCCCAAAUUCAGACAUUAUUAAAGUGAUGGAUCAGGAAGAGACAAUUAUGUAAUGUAAUUCUCAUUCCUGAUAUUCUAGUGCCGAUGAAGGAGGAUUAGCUCCAUCAUCCAAGAAAUUCCAAAGAAGAACUAACUUCUUCACAUCUCUAAGAGAUUAUGAGCCUUGUCCUCCAAUACCCUAAUAGGAUUGCUUUAGACUGGCUUAAACUCCCAGUGCACAGUCUUUUAAAUAAUACUUAAAAACUCAAUAAAUAGCUACCCAGCAAAGCGAUUUGAUUAGAAGAUUAAACAUUCCCAAGAUAUCUGAAGAUCCAUAUAAAAGAAUAAGAAAGCUUUCAACUCCAUUUUAUAGAAAAUGAUAAAUUGUAUAGGCUAAUUAUAUAUUCAUAUAG